AGAAUAGCCUACAUAAUCAACCAUAGACACGUUUGCCUGUGCUAUUCUUUCUAUCGAAGCACUGCGCAUGCCCAGCUCAUUGCUAAGGAAGAAAGGGGGAAAUGUCUCUGACAAGUUUUCUACCGGCGCCGACCCAGCUGUCUCAGGACCAGCUGGAGGCAGAGGAGAAGCUCCGGGCCCAGAAGUCCUACUCUAACGCCCUGGUUUCGUCCCGCAAGGAGCCCCCUCAGUAUGAAAACAGAAAAGGCUGGGUGCCUCGCUCACUUGAGGACUUCGGAGAUGGAGGAGCUUUCCCGGAGAUCCACGUUGCCCAGUUUCCUCUGGAGAUGGGUAGGAAGAAGAAGACAUCCAAUGCCCUGGCAGUACAGGUUGAUGCAGAAGGAAAGAUCAAAUAUGACGCCAUCGCCAGACAAGGACAGGGCAAGGAUAAGGUGAUCUUCAGUAAGUACACUGACCUUCUACCAAAAGAAGUUCUUAAUGAUGACACUCCAGAACUACAGAAGCCGGAUGAGGAGGCUGUAAAAGAGCUGACGGAGAAGACCCGCAGUGCCCUGGACAAGCAGGUGUCUCAAAAGAUUGCUGCUGCCAUGCCUGUAAGAGCUGCAGACAAACAAGCUCCUGCCCAGUACAUCAGAUACACCCCGUCCCAGCAGGGAGUGGCUUUUAACUCUGGGGCAAAACAGAGGGUGAUCCGCAUGGUGGAAAUGCAGAAAGAUCCAAUGGAACCACCACGAUUCAAGAUCAACAAGAAGAUUCCUCGAGGACCUCCUUCUCCCCCCGCCCCUGUCAUGCAUUCUCCAAGCAGAAAGAUGACAGUUAAGGAGCAGCAGGAAUGGAAGAUUCCUCCAUGCAUCUCCAAUUGGAAAAACGCCAAGGGCUACACCAUUCCUCUUGACAAACGUCUGGCUGCUGAUGGGAGGGGGCUGCAAACCGUUCACAUCAAUGAAAACUUUGCCAAGCUGGCUGAGGCCCUCUACAUUGCCGAUAGAAAGGCCAGAGAGGCAGUGGAGAUGAGAGCCCAGGUAGAAAAGAAGAUGGCCCAGAAGGAAAAGGAAAAGAAGGAGGAGAAACUGAGGGAAUUGGCCCAAAUGGCCAGAGACCGCAGGGCAGGGAUCAAAAGCCAUGGGGACAAAGGUGGCGAGGACAGCGAGGUCAGGGAGCGUGACGAGAUCCGCCACGACAGAAGGAAAGAGAGACAGCACGACAGGAACAUUUCCAGGGCUGCUCCUGAUAAGAGGUCGAAGCUGCAGAGAGACCAGGACCGGGACAUUAGCGAGCUCAUCGCUCUGGGCGUUCCCAACCCUCGCUCUGCCGGUGAGGCCCAGUACGACCAGCGGCUCUUCAAUCAGAGCAAGGGUAUGGAUAGUGGUUUUGCCGGUGGCGAGGAUGAGACCUACAACGUGUACGACCAGCCGUUCCGCGGCAGCAGAGACAUGGCUUCUAACAUCUACCGGCCCAGCAAGAAUAUAGACAAGGACGCCUACACGGAUGACUUUGACACACUAAUGCACAACAACAGGUUCGUUCCAGACAAAGAGUUCUCAGGUGCCGACCACGGGCAGAGGCGGGAAGGGCCAGUCCAGUUUGAGGAGGAUCCCUUCGGUCUGGACAAGUUCUUGGAGGAGGCCAAGCAGCACGGCGGCUCCAAGAGGCCGUCCACCAGCAGCCGCUCAAAGGACGACUACCACGACAAGAAACGCAGGAAGGAGUGAGCGUCCAUGGAUGGCUGCUCACAUGUUGGAGGACGGGGAGGCGGUCUGCUCCCUCUCAAAGGCUGAGAGGUGUUUUAAUAUCUCUGUCGGAUUUGAGAGAAGGCAAUAGAUUUACGCUUAAUAUGACAUGAUUAAACACAUUACAUAAUGUGCAAGUGGAGCUAAAGUGAUAGCUGCUCUGUGUAAGAUCAGCCUCUGCAUCUGAAAACGUCUCUCUGUCCAGCAAAGUCAUUUCAGACAUGGUCCGGGAUAUGUUGACCCUGGAAAUGUGUAGAUUUUAGUUUUAAUCUUUUUUUUACUUCUUUUUUUUUUUUAACCAAUGCAGAGUAAAAACAGGACCUGUUCAUAUUCAUGUGUUUUUUUUCCUUUCUCAUUUAUCCCCCACCUUCUCUCCACCCUUUGAGGGUUUGUCUACUCUGUUGUGUUUAACCCUCCGGUGUAUUUGUGAGCCCAGUUAAAGCUGGUAUUGGAGGGAAGAUAUGUACAGCAGUAUAAAGGUAUCUGUAAGAUUUGAAGCAAACCAGCUUUAUAAUUCUUGUAUAUUACUGCCAAUGGAAUAAAUUUCAUACAAUGUACAAUU